AUGACGCAGCAAAUCCAAGAGCAGGCUAUGCCAUUCCGUAUCCAGCACACUAGAAGCCGGAUGGCAGAACUGCUGGCGGCCGAUGUACUCGUUGCUGCAGGUUCAGCAACACUGAUUACGCCAGCAGUCAUGAUUUUUGAUAGACUCGUUGUCGAGAAAUCAUUCUAUAACCAACCUCUUUUCCCGGCAUUCCGCAGACACCUCUGGUUUUCCCUCACACAACCUGCAACUUUCUUAACAUCACGACCCAGUCUCCUCGUCUGGUCCCUUUACACGGCAACCUUUGCCACCGCCAAUACCUCAGAGACAAUUCUGAGCAAGUGGUACCCUCAGAUUGACCAUGCCAUCUCAGGCAUGACCACCUUCGCUGCAACAUUCAUAGUCAACUCCUCUGUGGGUAUUUGGAAGGAUGUGAAAUUCGCACAAUUAUUCGGCCACAGCAACACCUCUAUACCAGUUACAAACAACACAACCCCACCAAGGACGACUCCAAUUACCACCCCCACCUCCAAUACAAGCUCAACCCCUAAAACGGCCCGCUCAAUCGGCCGUACCAGAAUUCCCGUAGCAACAUACUCAGCCUUCCUCGUCCGGGACGCCCUCACAAUCUUUGGCUCCUUCAGUCUCCCUGCUAUGGUCUCGGCCUCCAUUCCGGACUCCAUCGCCUCCCAAGAAUACCUCAAGAUUUUGAUCGCGCAGCUGGCGAUCCCAGCCUCCAUCCAACUUAUCAGCACGCCAAUCCACCUCCUCGGCCUGGAUCUCUACAACCGGCCACAGGUAAUGCCGACCAAAGAGCGGAUCAACCGUGUCAGUCGCGACUGGAUUAGCUCGUCGCUGCUGCGCAUGUGUCGCAUUAUCCCCGCUUUCGGAAUUGGCGGGUUCGUCAAUACUGAGGGCCGGCUUUACUUGCAUGAUCAAGUUAGUGGUCUGCGGAAGGGGCCUUGA